AUGAAAUUCUUCAUCCUUGCUACCAUCGUAUCGCUGGCAGCGGCCGACGUGUCCCACAUCGUAGGCAAAGAUGAGAGGGGUGCUCAGAUUCUGAGACAGGAACAGGCCGUGGACCCAGAAGGAUCCUACCAGUGGGCAUACGAAACUGACAACGGUAUCGCUGCUAACGAGGUCGGCACGAUCAAGGUCAUCAGUGAAGACACCGUCGCAAAAGUAGCCCAAGGUCAAGCCAGCUGGACAGCCCCCAAUGGUGAGAAAGUGGACUUCACUUACAUAGCUGACGAGAACGGAUACCAACCACAGGGAGAUAUCCUGCCAACACCCCCACCGAUCCCCCUAGAAAUUCUCCGUGCUCUUCAAUACAUCAAGGACCAUCCGUCACCACCAGAAGCACAGCAAAACUAA